AUAUGCCUGCCACAAGGCAAGUUUGCAGAAACGAGAGCCGGCCCGAAAACUGGAUCUGGGCACCGCAAAGUGAUCCCAACCAGCCGAGAUACCAGAGCCGACGCUCCUGCGGCGGUAUAAAUGGCCGGCGAGGGCUGCCUGCUGCUGGGCCCCUAGCGGCGAAUGAAGUUUCUGCCUCUCGGCAAGUUCCUGGUGCAAAAGAGAGGCGCUGCGGAAGCAGGGCCGGGUCAGCUCCAUGGCCUUCAUUCGGAAGAGACGGCAGGAGCCGGAGCUCUACUCUAAAGAGAGAUUUUCCUUACUACUCCUUAAUCUGGAAGAAUACUACUUUGAACAACAUACAGCUAAUUACAUUUUAGAGAAGGGUGGCAAGGGAAUAAGGAAAAUUAAAGGAUCAUUUAAAAUCUGCUCAAAAUCAGUGAUAUUUGAGCCUGAUGAAAUAAUCCACCCCAUUAUUAAGAUUCCUUUGAGAGAUUGUGUUAAAAUUGAAGCACCAGAAGAUAGUGGGAAUUAUUCCUUCACAGGUGGUACUUCUGGGCAGAUUGCUAUUUUAUCUAGUCAAGCUUUUCUCACUAAAGAACAAAAUGUCAUUGCACCCUUUAAAACCGAAAGAGGUGAAACUAAAUAUGUAUUUGAACUGGAUGUUGCUGGAAAAGUCGAAGAUGUCACACAAACACUUCACCAAUUAUACAGAGCAUCGCACCUGGACAAGCUAGGGGACCAGGCUGCUAUGAUAAUUGCUAUUCUACAGUCACGUUUGGCCAGAACAUCAUUUGAUAAGAACAGAUUUCAGAACAUUUCUGAAACGCUGCAUAUGGAAUGUAAAGCGGAAAUGGUCACUCCAUUGGUAACUAAUCCAGGACAUGUAUGCAUCACUGAUGCAAACCUGUAUUUCCAGCCUCUCAAUGGCUAUCCUAAACCUGUGGUACAAGUGACACUGCGUAGUGUCAGACGCAUCUACAAAAGAAGACAUAGUCUGUCACCUUUGGGUCUGGAAGUAUUUUGCACUGAAAAUGAUUUAUGUUCAGACAUCUAUUUGAAAUUCUACAACACUGAGGACCGAGAUAAUGUCUAUUUCUACGUGUCAACAUAUUUAGAAAAUCAUAUUACAGAGCACACCGCAGAGAGCUACAUGUUACAAUGGCAACGAGGGCAUAUCUCAAACUACCAAUACCUUCUUCAUCUCAAUAAUCUGGCUGAUCGGAGCUGCAAUGAUCUUUCCCAGUACCCUGUCUUUCCAUGGAUCAUAGCAGAUUAUUCUAGCUCAGAACUAGAUCUAACAAAGUCCGAAACAUUUCGUGACCUUAGUAAACCUAUAGGUGCACUAAAUAAAGAAAGAUUGGAAAGAUUACUGGUACGUUAUCAAGAAAUGCAAGAACCAAAAUUUAUGUAUGGCAGCCACUAUUCAUCACCAGGUUAUGUUCUCUUUUACCUGGUCAGAGUUGCACCAGAGCAUAUGCUUUGCUUACAAAAUGGAAAGUUUGAUCAUCCUGACAGAAUGUUCAACAGUAUUGCAGAAACCUGGAAAAACUGUUUAGAUGGCGCAACAGACUUCAAAGAGCUAAUCCCCGAGUUCUAUGAAAGUGAUUCUAGUUUCUUAUUAAAUAACCUGAAACUGGACUUGGGGAAGACACAAGGAGGAAAGAUGGUUGACAAUGUAGAACUUCCUCCAUGGGCAUCAGAUGCCAAAGAUUUUCUCCAGAAGAGUCAAGAUGCUUUAGAAAGCCAGUAUGUGUCAGAACAUCUCCAUGAAUGGAUUGAUCUUGUGUUUGGCUAUAAGCAGAAGGGCAAUGAAGCUGUUGCAGCUCAGAAUGUAUUUCAUCCCUUGACCUAUGAAGGAGGAGUAGAUCUGAACAGCAUUAUGGACACAAAUGAAAGAGUAGCUCUGUUGACGCAAAUCUUGGAAUUUGGACAGACUCCAAAACAAUUGUUCACAAUCCCACAUCCAAGAAGGAUAAUCCCAAAAUUAAAAAGUUGGUCUCGAGCAUCCAGCCUGACUGGAUCCAGCCUGACUGAAUCUUCAGUCUCUCCAGGUGAAGAAUCUUUUGAGGAUCUGACAGAAGAAAGCAUCUUACUUUCCUGGAAUAACAUGGCCAGUUUAAAACUUGAAGAGCAAUACAAGAUCCACAAAGGGCCAAUAACUGGAAUUGCCGUGUGUUCUACUUCUAAUCAAUCUUCUAUCUUUACUACAUCUCAAGAUUCAACUUUGAAGAUGUUUUCUGCAGAUUCAAAAAUGCUUCAAAGGAGUAUGUCUUUCUCAAACAUGGCUUUGUCGUCUUGUUUAAUCUUACCAGGGAAUAGCACCGUUGUAUGUUCUUCAUGGGACAAUAAUAUCUAUUUCUACUCAGUAGCCUUUGGAAGGCAACAGGACACCUUAAUAGGCCAUCAUGAUGCCGUCAGCAAGAUCUGUUGGCAUAAUAAUCGUUUAUAUUCUGCAUCUUGGGAUUCAACAGUAAAAGUGUGGCACUGUAAUCCAACAGAAUUAUUAAACACUAAGAAACAUUUUGAAUUGCUUGCUGAAUUGGAACAUGAUGUUAGUGUAACAACUAUCACCUUGAAUCCUGCAUAUACUCUGCUAGCAUCAGGAACAAAAGAUGGAACCAUUAGUAUCUGGGAUGUUCCUGCUGCUUCUAUACUGCAUCGCCUUCCGUGCCACUCAGGAACUGUUUUGGAUGUUGCUUUCAGUCCUGAUAGCCGGCACCUAUUAAGCACAGGAGAAGAUGCCUAUUUUAAAGUAACAGAUGUGCAAACUGGAAUGAUUAUCUCUUCUAUAGUUUUGGAGCAGACUCAAAGAUGUUUCAAGUGGGAUGGACACAUAGUUUUAUCAGGAAGUCAGUCAGGAGAAUUGUUUGUUUGGGAUAUACUUGGAGGAAAAACAGUAGGAAAAAUUCCGGGACAUGCAGGUUGAGCUUAUCUUCUAGCAUUAAAGCUUGACAUCCAACUGAUAGAACUUCAUCAGUAAAUUGCUGAUGAUUUCUUACUACAAUUACUGUAUCAAAGCUUAUCUGCUAGAGAAAUAAAUUAAAAACCCUAAUGAGUAUGCUGUUAAAAUGUUAGUCAUCUCCAAUAUUAAUUUUAUUUGAUAUUAGUAAAAUUAGUUCAUGUAAUGAAAGAAAUACUAUAGCCUACACUGAAUUUUACUAUUUCAAGAGCCCAUAAAGCACACCAUUGAGGUAAAAUGUUUAACACUUUCACUGCUUCCUUUAUGCUGGAUUAUACUGCUAAUAGUCAGGAAGGAUUUAGAGAUUCAUAAAUGCAAAAUACUACCCAUUUAGAAAGUGAAUAUAUUUGCAACUUUAUUUCAGUUUUAAGAGGAUUAAGGCAACACAAUAUAAGCAUAUUAGAAUGAUUUUAUAAGACAGCAAGACGACAAUUAUUUUAAAAUACUUAUGGAAUGAUAAAUACAAGCUAUGCUCAGUUUAACAAGCAUGCUUUCUGUAAACAAGAUAACUAAAAUCAGUUAAUUAACACUAAGUUAUAUUCUCAUUGAUAGAUGCAGUACAAAAAUGAAUCUGAAAAAGUACGAAGAGCAGCAGUAUAUCUGGGUCAAAGAAAGCAAAUACUAGAUGCUUUCACAAACAUUAGUUUUCUUCCAUUUUUAAUGACAGAAAUUUUCCUGACCUACAUAGUACAACCCUAUGAAAGAAGCAUAUAUUUCGUCAAAGUAGUAUGAUGAAUACAAAAUGGAAAAUUUGAGCAAGGUUUUAUGUUGAAAUGUGACAUUCCCAGCCAUAAUGUUAUCUAAAUGCUCAAUGCAACAUUAUGUCAAAGAAAGGCUCAUGUGCAGAAUGUAAAUAUUUCAGAGAUGUAGUAGCCCAGGUUCAGCAGUGUCUCAAUUACAAAAUAAUGCAUCCAAAAUAAAUUUUAGACUUCAGGAAUAGUAUGAUCCAUCAAGCUUUUUAUAAUACUUGAAGCCAUCCUA